AUGCCAUAUCAGCAAAGAUAUUACGAUGAAUAUGACUAUAGAAGAUUAGGUAGGCAAAGCAGGUUUCACCGACGAAGUGGUGGAAAAUUCCCCGAGUAUUCCGCAGAUUCCAACUACGAUUAUGGAAGAGCAAAUUGUAGAUGCUCUUGUAGAAAUUGCGAAAAUAUAAAACCCUGCUGCGUCUCCAUAUGCGAUAACUGUAACUCGCAAUCUUUAGUAUUCGUUCCAUAUCCAGUUCCCCUUGUCGUUGCUAUCACAUCGAAAUCAACUCCAAACACAUCAACAACAACUACAUCUUCAACAAUGACAACAACGACUACCACAACAACAACACCAUCAACAAAAACAGACGAUUUAUCGGAAAUAACGUCUUCUACGCCAACGUAUGCUAAAAUCAAACAGUUGCCCGGUUUUGGGUUGUCUACGUCUCCUUUUUUCAAUAAAAAGAGAUUGCUUUUGGGAAAGAAAAAGAAGUGUCUUGGAGGUCAAUGUUCGAAGUACCGAAGGAUAGAUUUAAUAGACCAUUUGUUAAGAAAUGAGGAUGGACGACGAGCGGAUAAUUAUGAUGAUUUUGAUGUGAAACUCGGGAAAAACCAUCAAUUCGGUAUCAUUCCUAUACCCGAUAAAAUGGCACUAGAAUUCAUGACCAAUAUGCGGGAUAUGAAAUUGAAUGAGUUAUUACAGUCAAAGGUAUAA